UAAUUGCAACGCUGCUCUAAUUUUAAUUGCAAUGCUACUCUAAUUUUAAUUGCUUUAUUUGACAGGGGCAUUAGUUAAUGGAGUGCGCACCCUUGCCCCACCCCUCAAAAACAAUUCUCUAAUUAGGUAUUUUGUUUCUUUGGCUCUGCAGUGCUCACCUUGAGGGGAACAUACACUCCUCUUCUCUGUACAGAGUAUGAUUUACUAUUUGAUAGUGUACCCCGCCUCUUCUCGCCUUCGCUUGCUCAAAUUCGGCGAUAUCAAUCCCACCUCUCUCCCGCCACACCAUCAGGUCUUGCGCUAUCUGAUCACCGAGACAAUCGCAGCGUUCCCCAACGCAACCUCCGUAUUCGGCAACGCUGGAGGCAAUAAGGUCGAGGUAUCCUUGCCACCUCGAGUCUGCACAGUAUUGAUGCACCAGGCAGCAAGAGGGGGGCGUGACGUGUAUGCUUACCGGUCAUUAUGCUGCGAUGAGUACCACCGCUGCAACCGGAUGCGUCCUCCAUACUGCAGCUUUCUGUCGUGCACGCGCCCACCUUCAGCACUAGAACCAGUGCUGCAACCCCCACUAAGAAAGUUGCGGCGUCCAUUCCUCUGCGAGUAUAUCAUCAGUGCGCAUGCGUAAGCGCGAUGGACAAACUACUCCAUUUGGAGCGCACCUCACUUACGCGGUUGAAUGUCGUCCAAGCUUCGACCGACCUACGCGUUCUUGAAACGACUGGAGUUUCUCUCCAGUGGUAAACUGCACCUCAAGGACUCGGUGAAGGCGGUAACUGUUACGUACAACACUCAUGGAGUCGACAGCAGCGGAGUUCGUUUGUCGGAGGUUUCAGGGUAUUUUGUAUCGGGUGCAGGAGAUGGACGAAAUGUAAGACUUGACGUUGAGAACAAGACACCAGAGCAGAUUCUGUCAGAGUUUGCAUCAGUAGCUGGCAUUCCCGACCAUCUAGCACGGCAGGCAGAGCGAGAGAAGACUGUGGUGAACUCUGCCAACUUUGGCAACGCCCGGCUGGGAAGAUUCUGCAUAUGUGAGGUAGCGGGACAAACCCCGUGCCCAAGACACGUCCCAAUCACCAACAUCAGUCACUCUUGGCACAAUAAAGACACUUCUGAAUCAUAACUUCCAGCAAACCUGCAAUUCAAGUGGUUCACCUACGAUUUUUCAUGCUCUAUAAUAAUAUAGCGAAUAACAACUUCCACGAUUUUGGUAAAUAAAACCUUCACAUGCAUGCUCUUACUGUGAAAAUUGGGAUUGGCAUAUAAUACGGAAUAGAAAGUGGUUAUAAAAACUGAUUUUAUACGGAAUAUGAGUGGAGAUGAGACACACGGGCCCUCUGCUGUGGAAGGAGGUCAGAGUCCAAUCUCCGCCAGCGUUGAGGGGGCCACAAUAUGUGGGUCCCCCUCCCAAAAAUCAGCCCCCUCGAAACCUUUAAAAUAAAACAAUGGUGGGUGAUCGAGACAAGAGAAGAAAAUGAUUGGUAGAAAUACACUGACCA